CUACAGCUGAAUCAACAAUGGAAACCCUAACUACAAAAACUGAAUCAACAAUGGAAACCCCAACUACAACAACUGAAUCAACAAUGGAAACCCCAACUACAACAACUGAAUCAACAAUGGAAACCCCAACUACAACAACUGAACCAACAAUGGGUACACCGGAAAUGACAACAACAACUGAAUCAACAACGGGACCGGAAAUGACUGCAACAACUCUAUCAACAAUGGGAACACCGGAAGCGACUACGCUAAUUCGACCUGAAGUAUCCACAUCGUCAACUACUAAAUCGACGCCGGGAACACCAUUAACAACCACAACGACUCCUCCGCGUGUUACCCUAAGUCCCGGAUCAUCUACAGCAGCUCCUGGCAACCCUAUUCCUGCUACACCACCACCCAUUUCUGCUGCACUGGAGAGCGCGACUAAUAACGCUACCUAUCCGAAUGCGACCACCUAUUACCUACUUUCGACACACCGCGUCCUAAACAUCUUGCAGAAUGCAGCCGAGCUUACCUUCAACGAUGUCCGAGUAACUGCCAAUUAUUUUCGAGAUUUCGCUACAAUGAACCCACCUGAAGACCUACCGGAAGGUGCACAGAAAGAUGCUGUCGAAACCCUGCUUCAGAUAACUUACCAAAUAGUCAGCGCCGAAAGCUCUGGAAAACUAAAAGUAUCGCCUUCACCGGGAAACGGCCACCGCGCUGCAGUGAGCAUCUAUCAAGCACUCGAGCAAUUGUACCACAAACUGCCGGCAAGCGACGAGUCAUACAUACGAGUAUUUAUUACUCCGUUCUGUGUGACUUAUGUCUACUCGACGGUAAUCAAUGGAUCUUCCCAAUUCGACGAUCUGAGAUUUUCUAACAACUUGGAGAUCGGUGGUUUUGAUUGGGGAACCGGAAUUACAGCUGUAUGGAACGGCAGCACUGGUUCCGUGACCAGUACUACUUUCAACAAGGAUGUUUUGCGAGAGGUUUUUGAGGAUUUAAAAAAAACUGUUAAUGCAACAGAAGCCGCCAAGUUCACAUUUUCGCUUUCCGCGAUGGUGGUGUUCAAAUUUGCCGAAGAGAUUCCUGCCAACGAGCUGAACGAAAGAGCAAGCCCGUUAGUCUUACUGGCGUCCUUAAACGACGAUUCGCAACGGAGAAAUAAUAUCGUCACUACUCGGCAUAAUGUCGAUAUUCUUUUUAAUUAUCCAUCGGGAGCGAAAAGGCGACACGCAUGUACUUUCUUAAAUUACGGAACCGACCGGUGGUCGAUAGAGGGCUGCUCUCUUACCGCUAAAUAUCCGAAAUGGGACAACACAAUCGUGGAAUGCACGGGCGACCAUUUGACGCCAUUUUCACUAUUCUUAACGUUAUGCAGCAGUUUAUCGAGAUCCUUGGUUCCAAACGAUGCGGCAUUCACGAUGGAUUUAGCGGUCGUGACUACGGCCACCACGGGUGUGGCGGCUGUCUGCUGCGUUUUCGCCCUUAUUAUAAUCAUGGUGAAAAUUUAUCAGAAAAGCGUUGUCUUCGACGAAGUGAUGUUUACACGGAUGGGCUUGUGGGUGGCACUAUUGGGAAUGUAUACAUUCUCCAUUUUCUCCCAGUUGAUGGUUUACAUUCCCGAAAUGUGUGGGCAGCAAUUUUGUUUGGCCAGUGCCAUUUUGGUGCACUGGUUUGCAUUGAUGAGCAUUGGAUGGACGGCAGUCCAGACCGUCGGCGUCAUUCAAGUUAACGCUGUACCCGGAAGAGUAUGGGCGAAGGGUGAAUAUUCCUGGAUACACAUACAGUGGAUUCAGGAUGAAAACUCUACUGGCAGCAUCCUUUAUCCCAAUACUGUUUCCUGUUUCUGGCGUCUAUUCCACAUUUUUCCGAGGACACCACGAAAUUUUUCCAUGGCUACGGUUAUGCAAGUGAUGAGAAAUGGUGCUGGCUGGAGGGCGAUCACUUGUGGAUCCCUUGGGUGACCUAUGUUGUACCUUUAUCGGCUGCAGGCGUACUGAACCUAUCCGCGGCGAUACUGUAUUUAUACACAAUCAGAAGACAGGAGAAACAAAUGGCGGUUUCGGACCAGCGUCUCCGGAAGCGUGUGAACUCUGCAAAAAGAAAGCUGCAUGGAGUGAUCAUUAACACAGGUUUGAUGGGAUUGAUCUGGUUGAGCGUGUGGCUGGCCCUUUUCUCUUGCAUAAUUGACCGGACACUGCAGUACGUGUUCGUUAUAUCGCUGACGGUGGCAUGUGGAUCGCAGGCGGUCUAUGUAAUCCUUUUUCAAGGAAUAAUUCCAGAAAAGUCGUCAAAGCGGCCAAAGAGCCCUAACGGUAGUCCAACCGGGCGU